CAUGGUAACAUGACGCCUUAAAUCGCUCGUUUUGUGUUAAUGGCCUACUUAAUUACUCUGUGAUAAGGACACGUUUAUUGUACGAAAUGUGUGAUGGGUUCAUUUCGAUAGUUUGUGAUCUCCCCGGUCCACCGUGCGAUAGUUAGCCCGUGAACUUGGCUCUCGAAGUGAAAUCGUGAAUAUAUUGAUAAUGCAAUGCUACAUAAGUCCACACUUUCGCAGUCUUCGUUUACAUUUUCAGGUCUUCUCCUUUUUUCAUAAUAUUGCGCAACUGGUCCUCAAAACGCUUCCCAUCGCUUUUGCUACUAUUUCGCUCUAAGUUACGUGCGACGUCGACGUUUUUGGAGGUUAUGUUUACGUGCCAAUAAAUUGGCGUACCAGUCAUGAAAACUUGAAUGCGGACAGUGUUUGAAACGCGUUCGCGCAAGACCUCGCGAUGCAAAACAACCACCAUUCGGGGCACCCGCAGCAGGUGGCGAUGAACACGCGCGAGAAAGAAAAGUACAUUGAGACGUUCAACUUUCCCUGUUGCGACGAGGCGUCCAAGUACCAGAAGGUGGCCAAAAUCGGGCAGGGCACUUUCGGCGAGGUGUUCAAGGCGCGGGACAACAGCAACCCGAAAAAGUUCGUCGCUAUGAAGAAGGUGCUAAUGGACAACGAGAAGGAGGGUUUUCCGAUUACCGCGCUCAGGGAGAUCCGUAUCCUGCAGCUGCUCAAGCACGAGAACGUGGUGAACCUGAUCGAAAUAUGUCGGACCAAGGCGUGCUCGAACAACCGCUACCGAUCGACUUUUUACCUGGUGUUUGAUUUUUGCGAACACGACCUGGCCGGACUCUUAUCGAACGUGAACGUGAAGUUUAGUUUGGGCGAGAUCAAAAAGGUGCUUCAGCAGCUGCUGAACGGCCUGUACUACAUUCACCAGAACAAGAUCCUGCACAGGGACAUGAAAGCUGCCAAUGUGUUGAUCACGAAGAAUGGUGUGCUGAAGCUGACAGACUUUGGGCUCGCCCGCGCCUUUAGCACCAAUAAAAAUGGCCAACCCAACAGGUUCACCAAUCGAGUGGUGACUCUGUGGUACCGGCCGCCGGAACUGCUCCUCGGUGAGAGGAAUUACGGCCCGCCCGUCGACUUGUGGGGCGCCGGUUGCAUAAUGGCCGAGAUGUGGACCCGCUCUCCCAUCAUGCAGGGCAACAGCGAGCAGCAACAGCUGACGUUGAUCUCGCAGCUGUGCGGCUCGAUAAACCCCCAAAAUUGGCCCGGGGUCGACGGCCUCGAACUGUAUAAAAAGAUGGAGCUGCCGCAGGAGCAAAAACGCAAGGUCAAGGAGCGGCUCAAGCCCUACAUGAAGGACCCAUACGCUUUGGAUUUGCUGGACAAGCUACUAGUAUUGGACCCGGCCAAGAGGGCCGACUCGGACACCGCCUUGAACCACGACUUUUUCUGGACCGAUCCGAUGCCCUGCGAGCUCGGGAAAAUGCUCGCGAACCACACUCAGAGCAUGUUCGAGUACCUCGCGCCCGCCCGGAGGGGCACCCAGAUAAGGCACCACUCGAUGCCCAGGCCGACGACGUCGGCCGUCCAAGACAGCGGCUACCAGGACCGCGUGUUUUAACGCGGGCGCCACACUCUUUUAUAAUUUUGUAACGUUGAUAUGUAAAUAAAACUUUCUGGCCACUGCGCGCGCGCCAUCUCAUCGACGGAAAACGUUACUGUGAAGCGUGACGGCCUCUGUAGCGGCGCGCUCGCACCCGUUUCGGGAAACUGCUUACCCGCCGCCGCCGGUAGAUAGUGCGCUUUGGUCGCAAUAAAAUUUCGAAGAAAAUGGCAAGGUGCUUUUCAUUUCGAAGGAUUCCGGGGGACGCGCCCGGAUAAGACUCGAGAUUGUCAUUUUGUUUGUUUCUUUUCUGUUAAUAUGUACCGAUAAGCCCUCAAUUUUGCAAAUUUGCAGCUGUCGACUCGAAACUCAGCAUAGAAGUAGAAGGAAUUGAGCCCAAUCAAACACCAUCAAGAUUAUUUUGGGUUACAGAAAAAAUACAUUUUCUCAAAAACUGUUAAUCCUAUCUGCAAAAUUCUUUAACCGGCAGACGCGGAAGAUCCGACACCAUAACUUUUAUUUCAAGCAUAUUUUCGAUUAUAUACAGGGUUUUUCAGUUAUUGGCGCAAAGAUCUAAAAGACCAUGAACAUUGUACUUUAAAUUAUAAAAAUUUGUAAAAAAUAUGGGUAAUUGAUUUAGAUAAUAUUGUAGAGCGAAUCAAGAGCUACAAUUUUUGUAUUUAUCCAAUUCCAAAUAAAAAUCAUGUUAUUUGUUCGAGAAUCAUUAUUAAGAAAUUUUUCUGAAAACCAAAAUUAUAACAAAAACUGCCACCGAGCUGUGCAAAAAUCAAAGUCACAAAGAAAUUUAAAAGUGCAUUUUUCAUGAUAACAUGAUAACUAAUUAAACCUGUCAUGACAUGUCACUUCUUUUUAAAAAUCCACCCCGAUAUGGG